UCCUUCUCCUUCCCUAGCCGCUGCCGCCGCCUGAACGCGCGGCCUCGCGACCGGGACUGAGUCCUCGUGCGCCGCGCCCGCUGGUUCUGCCGGGGGCAGAGGACUUGCCCCUGAUCCUGCGGCGCAGGCCCCCUCGGCUUUCCUGUGCUUCGGCGGCCCCGCGGCUCCUUCCUAACAGCCCAGGACUCAGUCUUCCCAGUCAAGGACCCUCCCCUGGUGCCCUAAGGAGUGGACACCUGCCACUGUAUCUCCCUAAGAGGGGAUCGUCGCUCCGCCGUCUACUCACACCCACACUGACGCCACAGAGAGCUUCACGAUCCCGUUUUGCCCUCCUUUCCAACUCCAGAACCUUCCGCUCUCAGCUAGUUGUUACUGGCCCCUGCCCCUUGUGCAUCCUGCGCUCACAGGGGGCAUCUCCUCACCCUAGACAGCGUGGGCCUGGCUCGGUGCUUAAGGGGCCCCGUCCUGACUACCCCUCUCUCAUCUCACCCUCUGUCUCUUCUCUUGGAGCCCCCUCUUAACCAGGGGCCAGUGGGUACCCUCCUCCAGAAUGUGAGCCUCUUUAACCUGUAAUGCUGUGGCUGACCCUUGACCCCUUCCAUGCCAUGGAGAACCAGGUGCUGGUGAUUCGCAUCAAGAUUCCAAAUAGUGGCGCGGUGGACUGGACGGUGCACUCGGGGCCGCAGUUACUCUUCAGGGAUGUGCUGGAUGUGAUAGGCCAGGUUCUGCCUGAAGCAACAACCACAGCAUUUGAAUAUGAAGAUGAAGAUGGUGAUCGAAUUACAGUGAGAAGUGAUGAAGAAAUGAAGGCAAUGCUGUCAUAUUAUUAUUCCACAGUAAUGGAACAGCAAGUAAAUGGACAGUUAAUAGAGCCUCUGCAGAUAUUUCCAAGAGCCUGCAAGCCUCCUGGGGAACGGAACAUACAUGGCCUGAAGGUGAAUACUCGGGCUGGACCCUCUCAACACAGCAGCCCAGUAGUGUCGGAUUCUCUUCCCAGCAAUAGCUUAAAGAAGUCAUCUGCUGAACUGAAAAAAAUAUUAGCCAAUGGCCAGAUGAAUGAACAAGACAUACGAUACCGAGACACCCUUGGUCACGGCAACGGAGGCACAGUCUACAAAGCAUAUCAUGUCCCAAGUGGCAAGAUACUGGCCGUAAAGGUUAUACUGCUAGAUAUUACACUGGAACUUCAGAAGCAAAUUAUGUCUGAAUUGGAAAUUCUUUAUAAGUGUGAUUCAUCAUAUAUCAUAGGGUUUUAUGGUGCAUUUUUUGUAGAAAACAGGAUUUCAAUAUGUACAGAAUUCAUGGAUGGGGGCUCUUUGGAUGUGUAUAGAAAAAUUCCAGAGCACGUCCUUGGAAGAAUUGCAGUAGCAGUUGUUAAAGGCCUUACCUAUUUGUGGAGUUUAAAGAUUUUACAUAGAGAUGUGAAGCCCUCCAAUAUGCUAGUAAACACAAGAGGACAGGUCAAGCUGUGUGAUUUUGGAGUUAGCACUCAGCUGGUGAAUUCUAUAGCCAAGACGUAUGUUGGAACAAAUGCUUAUAUGGCACCUGAAAGAAUUUCAGGGGAGCAAUAUGGAAUCCAUUCUGAUGUCUGGAGCUUAGGAAUCUCUUUCAUGGAGCUUGCUCUUGGGAGGUUUCCAUAUCCUCAGAUUCAGAAAAACCAGGGAUCUUUAAUGCCUCUCCAGCUUCUGCAGUGCAUUGUUGAUGAGGAUUCGCCUGUCCUUCCGGUUGGAGAGUUCUCCGAGCCAUUUGUACAUUUCAUCACUCAGUGCAUGCGAAAACAGCCAAAAGAAAGACCUGCACCUGAAGAAUUGAUGGGCCACCCGUUCAUUGUGCAGUUCAACGACGGAAACAGCACUGUGGUGUCCAUGUGGGUGUGCAGGGCGCUGGAAGAGAGGCGGAGCCAGCAGGCGCCCCCGUGAGCCUGGCAGGGGCGCUAAGAGCCCAGGACUGGUCGCCCAGGGGAGGACCCACCUGUGGCACCCCCUCUACUUUUACUGUCUGCACCAGAAGAGCUUUGCUGCGCCUGGGCCCCCCUGCUCUCAACUUAGACUCUGUCUGAAGAUGGCCUGGCCUGAGGCGCCCUCAAGGGUGACCAGCCCUGCCAGGGCAAGCCCUCCCCUCUGGUCUGGACGCACUGACUGGGGGGUAGGGGUGUAUGGAGGGUGGGAGCAUCAAGAACCAUGUCCCUGUUCUUCCUUUUUCCUAACAUUUUCCUCUGUAAAAGGCCAGCAUCACUGAUGGGAAUAAAGGUGUCAGUGCUUUGUAACCGCCUCCCCCACAAUGGGGGUCCACGAUGUAGGGAGUGUGUUACCCACUCAGGAUUGGGGGCUGGGCUCUGUUUCAGUCAUACCCCUGUGCCUGGAGCCGCCCAUCCCCAGGCACCUGUACGCAAGCACCACAAACCAAGCCCCAAGGCAGAAGUGGUUGGAGCUGGGAGUGGGGAGCAGAACAACCCCAUCUGGGUGGUGGGAAAGGAGGGCUAGAGAACCCAGUGGUUUUGAGGCCCUACUACCACCUCCCUCACCCCCCACCCCCAAGGGGGUGGGUGCAACCCUUGUCCCUAGGCCCAGAGAACCUGUUUCACCUCUGGCCAGGUAUAGCCACCCUCUCAGGUAAUCCUCUCAAGCAGCCACCAGGUAAGUGUGGUUACCCCCACUUGACAGGCCAGGAACUCAGGCUCAAAGACUUGGGCCUCCAUGUGGAGAUCUGAGUGGCGGGUGGAUACAUCUAAAAAGCACAGUCCCGGGGCCACCCACACUUCAGAGCCUCCCCUACCGUGCUCCCCACUCCAUAUGGCACCUUCCUUCAUCCCCCUGACCCCCACCACUGCCAAGACCAAAUGCUGGGACUCGGUUUUGACUUCCGUAGCACUAACCUGGCCCACCUGGAGGUUGUGACACCCUUGUCUUCAGAAUGUAUUGUUUACCCCUCACCCUGGUGUGAGGCACCACAUCCGGACCACUGCCAGCCUCCUACCAGGCCCCUGCUCCCACGCUGCCCCUGCUGCUUAGAGGAAGCCAGUUAACACAAAGCAGGUGGUGUCUGUCCCCUCUCAGAAACCACAGGGACCCAGCUCACUGAGGACACGCCUGUGAAGACCUGUAUUCUACCCCCGUUACCUCUGACCUCAACUCCCCUCACCCCCGACUCCAUUGCAGCCACCUCACCUCCUCAUGGAUCCUUGAACAGCUAGGCAUCCCCCCGCCUCUCAGGGCCAACCAUACCCCAAAGGUUCUCCCUCCCUCCCUAGUGUAGGACUGUUCCCGAGAUACAGCUGCGCAGGCUGGGGCUGCCUCUCCCAGUCUCCAUUGCGCUUAACAGGGGCCACAUGACUGGUGCUGGUGAGGAGAAUGGGAGCAGGUGGUAUGUUCAAGAUGGAGACGUACCGUCUACUUGCGCUGGACUGUACAUGAGCUAGAACUAAGUGACUUUGCUGAUUCGUUACUGGCAGCUGGUCUUACACCAAUCCACACAGGCCUUUGCACCUGGUGCUGGAGAACUGUCCCCCUAACCCCCCUGAUUCCCCAUGACCCACUUCCACACCCUUCAGAUCUUUGUUCAAAUGACACCUCACCUAUGUCAUGUUAAAAAUCAAUGUUGCUUCAAUAAAAAGUGUUUU